ACAAGAGCACACAGGAAGCCGCCUCAAAACCCAACAUGGCAGCCACUUGGUGCCUCCGCUGGACCUUGAGGAGAGUCGGAACCCAGGUGUUUUCGCUGCCCGCACCCUGCUCUCACCGGGCUCUGUACAAGCAAGCAGAUGGGACCGAGUUCCACAGCAUCUACAGUCUGGACAAGCUCUACCCCGAGUCCAGGGGCUCGGACACCGCCUGGAAAAUCCCGGAUGGUGCAAAACAGGCCAGCAAUGACAUCCCUAUAGAUCGCUUGACAAUUUCUUAUUGUCGGAGUAGUGGUCCUGGGGGGCAGAAUGUUAACAAAGUAAAUUCGAAGGCUGAAGUCAGGUUCCAUUUGGCAACCGCGGACUGGAUUGCAGAGCCCGUGCGGCAGAAGAUUGCCCUCACGCAUAAGAAUAAGAUCAACAAGUCAGGAGAGUUGAUUCUUACUUCUGAAAGCAGCCGCUAUCAGUUCCGGAAUCUGGCAGAUUGCCUACAGAAAAUCCGGGACAUAAUCGCCGAGGCCAGUCAGCUGCCCAAGGAGCCAACCAAAGAAGAUGCUCGGCUAAAGAGAAUCAGGAUAGAAAACAUGAAUCGGGAAAGGCUGAGGCAGAAGAAAAUAAAUUCUGCCAUAAAAACAAGCAGGAGGGUGGAUAUGGACUGAAAUCACCUCCUGCAGCCAGCAAGAACCUCAGGGACAGCUGAAGCAGAAACAGCACCAUGAGGAGAUCUCUUUUUCAUUUCUAUUUUUGCUGUUUAUCCUUGUCUGUAACAUUGGAACCCUCACAGAAAUGUUCAUUUGGAAUGAGGGUUGCAGGUCUUCAUAGAUGAUCAUCAUAUUGUCCAAUCCAAGUUACCACUGAAGGUCUUGUUACCUGCAAUAAACUUCUAAGCAAAUGGA